AUGCGUCCAAGGAUCCUGUGGUUUUGUGGCUUAAUGGUGGACCUGGAUGCUCUAGCCUCGACGGCUUCGUUUAUGAACAUGGUUUCAAACAUUAUCUAUUUGGAUUCUCCUUGCGGUGUUGGCAUAUCUUAUUCGAAAAACGAAAACAAAUACAUUAACGAUGACUUACAAACAGCUGCUGAUACACAUAAAUUUCUCCUCAAGUGGUUUCAACUAUAUCCAGAAUUUGUUACCAAUCCAUUUUAUGUCUCGGGAGAGUCUUAUGCUGGAAUUUACGUGCCUACUCUUGCUGCUGAAGUGGUGAAAGGAAUAAAGGCUGGUCAAAAACCUAUUAUCAACUUCGAGGAAGUUCAACGUACUUGCAAAGGAAAUUAUCAAAAUCUUAGUGAUAAUUGCGGUGACAGUAUUUAUAAGAUAGACCAAAGGAUCUUGGGGCUAAACCUUUACGACAUCCUUGAGCCAUGCUACCAUGAUCCUGAAUCCGAUCAACAUGGCAAAGGAAACACAAGCUCAAAUUUGCCAAUUAGCUUCCAGCAAUUAGGGGUUACUGACAGGCCUCUCAAGGUGAGAAAGAGAAUGUUUGGCCGUGCUUGGCCAUUUUGGGCGUUUGAAAAGGACGGUUACUUCCCAAUGUGGUCGGAACUUGCAGUGCAAGGAAGCGUUCCAUGCAUUAAUGAUGAAGUGGCAACUAUAUGGCUAAAUGAUGAGUCAGUGAGGAAAGCAAUUCAUGCCGAGCCAAAAUCCGUUGCUGGUCCUUGGGAGAUAUGCUCUAGUAGGAUAGUUUAUGGAUUCGGUGCUGGAAGUAUGCUUCCAUAUCAUCAAAAUCUAACCACCCAAGGAUAUCGAGCCCUUAUUUAUAGUGGAGACCAUGAUAUGUGUGUGCCAUUCACUGGUACGCAGGCAUGGACAAGGUCGCUUGGAUACAAGAUAGUAGAUGAAUGGAGGGCUUGGUCAUCUAACGAACAAAUUGCCGGAUACUUGCAAGGAUAUGCUCAUAACCUGAUCUUUUUGACCAUCAAGGGUGCAGGGCAUACAGUUCCUGAAUACAAACCAAGAGAGUCGUUGGAUUUCUAUAAACGUUGGUUGGAUAAGGGGCAAAUAUAA